AUGGGGGUACAGAUAAGACGGAUGAGAAAGGGGGAGAAUCAGCAAAACUAUGGAAGUGCAUAUUAACUUUCACUGCGUCACAGUCCAAGGAGGGCACGUAGAGGUGGUCCACAUCACUGAUGUGACAGGCUGGAAUGGAACACAGAGGAGCGACAUGACAAUGGGCAGAGCAGAGACACCGCGGCCCUUAAAUGUGGGCAGUGACGUCCUCUACAUCUUCUACAACUCUGUGACGGUCAGUGUGGUGUGCUGGACUGGUGACAUCACUUCAGGAGAGGCCCACCAAAUCAACAAGCUCAUUAAAAGGGCAGACGGUGGACCCCCUGGAGUUUGUAGCAAAGGGGAGAAUUAAAACAAAACAGAGUGCCAUUACGAACAAUGCUUCUCAGUGAGACUCAAACACUGAGGAGUUUCAGCCAACAAAUCGUUCGGCUUAAGUGUGUCAAGACUCACGACUGGGGGUCCUUUACACCAACAUGCUUGCACCGUGCCUCACUGGGGGCUGCGACUGCGACUGCCAAGUCAGAAGUGCUCUCAUCUUUCUCAUUUUCUUGCCGGCUGCCGGGACUUUUCUUUUGAUACAACUCACGGGCCGAAGGACUUCUUUUUAGCGGCUACUCUCAGUUUAGAAGACAAGGACGACACCGGAAGUGGGCCGAUGAACCGAGCAGUGGGUGCAGGGACUGUCCGGAAAACCAAAUCGCAGCGGGACAAAGAGAAGCUGCCAGUUCUGGUGACAAAUGCAGAAGGGAGGAGAGCUGUCUGGGUGUGCAGGAGCCUCCGCUGAUGGCAUGUGACUGCAGCUGUGUGACCACACAAGGGACGAGUAAUGACACGUGGGGUGUCGGAGGCUGGCGUUACACUUUAAAUGUCUGCUGUGCUCUGGACGGUCAAACUGGAGAUGCACAGGAAAACCCAAAGACUGGAGCGGUCAACAUGCAGCUGGAAAUCUGCUCGAGUAGCCAAUGAUUGAAGAGAAACCAUCGAUUGACUGGUGUGCUUUGUAAAAUGUGGCCUAACAGAGUCCUGCCAAGCUGAAUCUCACCCGUAGGCGACCAGAAAGACCCUCCAUUUAUGUGUGGAGGCAAACUCAAAAACUUUGAAAGGCAAAGGGUCAGGCCUGCCAGCACUUCCCACUGGUUUUCUUUCCUUCUGCUGGUGACCACUGGAUGUGCUGGCUGUCAUUGGUAUCCUUUGGUCAUAUCUUACUGUCAUGGGUUUGAUGUACACCAGAGAGUGAAGGCCUUCUGUCAAGGACACUCGAACAUCAGGGUGCAGAACGCAACAGACAAGGGCAGAAUCUCAGACCACACAGGAGUCUCAGCGUACGCCAUGGAGAACAUUAAAGGUGAAGACGGGGAGUGGGAGUCGGGGCAACUUCAGACUAAAGAGGAGGACUGGCAGUGGAGACAAGUCGUCAUUAAAAAGGAGCCUGAGACGACGUCUGAUGCCAGUGAUCUGCACAAUAACGAGGGGAUCAACAGCCUCAAGGCCGAAGACCUCAAGUCGGAGUUGGAACCUCAGCUUGUGUGUCCAGAUGAGGAGGGAACUGGAGCAGACGUGAUGAAGAGCGGACCUCAGAGUGUCCAGGUGAAGACCGACCCUCUGGACUGUGACGUGAAGCCAACUGAGAAAGCGUCAGGUUCAAGGAAUUGUGGUGAAGAUCCACAUGAAAGUGGCACCUUCUCCCCAUCUUCAUUUCCUCAGACCUCUGUUCAUCACAAACCACAGCAAAAUGAUGUUGUACAAGAACCAACAUCUGGAUCAGGGAUUUUGCUACUUGCCUUAUUGCCAUGCAGUUUUCAGCUUCCUGUGAAUAUAACUAAUAUUGAAGUAAUCAGCAAUCAAAAACAGGUGUGUGAUGCAAAUUCAUCAGGUGUGGAAGAUAGUCAAGAAUCUAAGAAAACCUCAGAAAAGAACUCUGUAACCAAAAAUAAGAUGAAUGAUACAAGACAGAAACCGUAUUGCUGUUCUGAAUGUGGCAAAACAUUUACUGUCAAGAGAAGUCUUAACACCCACAUGAGAAUUCACACUGGAGAGAAGCUACAUGGCUGUCCUCAGUGCGGUAAGAAAUUUCCACAAAUGAGCCAUCUUCUGACUCACAUAAGAGUUCACACUGGAGAGAGGCCAUACAGCUGCUCUCAAUGUGGCAAACGAUUUUUGCGAAGGAGCAGUCUAUACGUACAUUUAAGAAUUCACACUGGUGAGAAACCAUAUUGCUGCUCUGAAUGUGGCAUAAGAUUUACCGACAGUAGUGGGCUUAAAAGCCACAUGAAUACUCACACUGGAGAGAAACCGUACUGCUGUUCAGAAUGUGGUAAACGAUUUUCACGAAUGACCCAUGUUCGGGCCCACCAACGAAUUCACACGGGAGAGAAGCCAUUCUGCUGUUCUGAAUGUGGCAAACGGUUUUCUCAAAUGAGGAGUCUAUGUAAACAUCUUAGAAUUCACACUCGAAAGAAGCUCUAUUGCUGUUCUGAAUGUGGAAACCGAUACACCAGCCAGAGCAGUCUUCAGAUCCACACACAAUUUCACAGAGGAGAAAAACUUUAUUCCUGUCCUGAUUGUGGGAAACAGUUCUACAGUAGUAGCAAUCUUCAGAACCACACAAGAAUCCACAGUGGAGAGGAGCCUUAUUGCUGUUCUGAAUGUGGCAAACGAUUCUCUCAAAAAAUCAGUCUAAAUAAACACACAAAAAUUCACACUAAAGAGAAACCUUACAGCUGUUCCAAAUGUAGGAAACGGUUUUCACGAAAGAGCAGUUUAAAUACCCACUUAGUAACUCACACGGGGGAGAAGCCAUAUUGCUGUUCAGAAUGUGGUAAACAUUUUUCACAAACAAGCAGUUUAAAUAAACACAAAAAACUUCACACUGCAGAGUCAUAUUGCUGUUUGGAAUGUGGCCAGCAGUUUGCCACCAAAUUCAAACUUAAAAGUCAUGCAAGAAUUCACACUGGAGAAAAACUGCGUUGCUGUUCUGAAUGUGGGAAACACUUCUCCAGCAAUACCAAGCUUCAUAUCCACAAAAGAAGUCACACUGGAGAAAAGCCCUAUUGUUGUUUAGAAUGUGGCAAGCAAUUUGCACAAAUGAGCAACCUAAAUAAACACACAAGAACGCACACUGGAGAGAAGCCAUAUUGCUGUUCAGAGUGUGGGAAACGAUUCACACGAAGUGAGUCUCUUCGGAGCCACACAAGAGUUCACACAGGAGAGAAGGCAGUAAGGCAGAAAGAGAAAGACAAUGGCAACUCUCUGACAGACAGCGUGAUACAAGAAAUCGAGAAGCUGCCAUUUCUGAUGACUUACACAAAAUGGAGGAGAAGUGCCAGGGUGCCCAGAGCUUCUGAUGAAGAAACCAUGAAGGACAUUAAAGAAGAAGACUGUGACUGGGAGUCUGGGCACCUCCAAGCAAAGCCGGAGGAUUGUGAAUGGAGAUUAGUAGUCAUUGAAGAGGAGACUGGGCCAACAUCUCAUACUGGUGACUUAAACAAGAGCGAAGAGUUAAACAGCGUCAAGGCAGAAGACGUUAAAUCGGAGUCUGUCUGUCAGCUUGUGUGUCCAGAUGAGAAGGGAACUGGAGCAGGCUGGACAGAGAGUGGACCUCCUUGUGUCCAGGUGAAGGCUGAAGCUCUGGACUGUGAUGUGAAACCAGCUGAGAAAGUGUCAUGUCUAAGGCAUUGUGGUGAAGAUCUACAAGAAAGUGGAAGCUUGUACCCUUCUUCACUUCCUCAAAGCUCACUUCACCGUAGACCACAGCAAAAUGAAAUUUUGGAAGAGCUGGCACCUGGAUCAGAGAUUUUGUUACUAGCCUCAUUGCCGUACAGUGUACAGCCUCCUUUAACGGUAACAAAUGUAGACUCCAUUAAAACUCCACCACAGAUAUGUGAUACAGAUUCUGCAGAUUUGGAGGUCUGCCAGGAGUGGAGGAAAACCUUAAAACAGAAAUCUAAAACCAAAAGUAAGGUGACUGAUAUGAGACAGAAGCCAUAUUGUUGUUCUGAAUGUGGCAAACGAUUUUUGCGAAGGAGUGGUCUACAUAUACAUUUAAGAAUUCACACUGGGGAGAAACCAUAUUGCUGUUCCGAAUGUGGCAUAAGAUUCACUGAUAAGAGUGGGCUUAAAAGCCACAUGACUACUCACACUGGGGAGAAGCCAUAUUGUUGCAUAGAAUGUGGCAAACAGUUUUCGCAGAUGACCAAUCUUCGGUCUCACCAAAGAGUUCACACAGGGGAGAAGCCUUACUGCUGUUCUGAAUGCGGCAAGCGAUUUUCUCAAAUGAGCAGUCUGUGUAAACAUUUGAGAACCCACACUCAAGAGAAGCCCUAUUGCUGUUCUGAAUGUGGCAACCGAUAUGCCAGCAGGAGCAGUCUUCAGAUCCACACACAGUUUCAUACUGGAGAAAGACCAUAUUCUUGUUCUGAAUGCGGGAAGCAAUUCUACAGUAGUAGCAACCUUCAGAAACACACAAGAAUUCACAGCGGAGAGAAACCUUAUUGCUGUUCUGAUUGUGGUAAGCGAUUCUCACACAAAAGUAACCUAAAUAAACACACAAAAAUUCACACUGGAGAGAAGCCUUAUUGCUGUUCUGAAUGUAACAAAUGUUUUUCACAAAUGAACACUCUAAAUAAACAUGCAAGAACUCACACGGGGGAGAAGCCGUACUGCUGUUCAGAAUGUGGUAAGAGAUUUUCACAGACAAGCAGCCUAAAUAAACACAGAAGGAUUCACACUGGAGAGAAGCCGUACUGCUGUUUAGAAUGUGGCCAGCGAUACGUCACCAGUUCCAGACUUCAGAAUCAUGCAAGGAUUCACACUGGAGAAAAGCCAUAUGCCUGUUCUGAAUGUGGGAAACUCUUCUCUAGCAGUUCCAAUCUUAAGGCUCAUGAAAGAAAUCACAGUGGAGUGAAACCAUAUUGCUGUUCAGAGUGUGGCAAAAGAUUUACACAAAUGGGCAACCUAAAUAAACACACAAGAAUUCAUACUGGAGAGAAGCCAUAUUGCUGUUCAGAAUGUGGGAAACAGUUCACGCGAAGUGACGCUCUUCAGAGCCACACAAGAAUUCACAAUGGAGAGAAGUCAACAAGGCAAGAAUAGGAGGGAGGGAAAGGCAAGACUUAGGAAUCAACCUCUUUCCUGGUUAGAAGCCUGCUGACGGUAGAAGGAUUUUAUGCACAAAGUCCUAACAAAAUAGCUGGAUUGAUCCAUUGAAAAAUACACAGAAAAUACAACCUGCCAGCUCCACAAAGACAGUGGGACCAGACAGUGGGGCGGCAACUCCAACUGAGGCCAGGAAAGCAGACCUCAUGAUUGAGUAACAAGUAACACUGCAAAGCUUGGAUUAUUGGAGUAUCAGUCACAAGGGACUCCUUGAUACCGAGAAUGCAGAGACAAGAAGUAACAAAAUAUCAAGAACUCCAAUUUGAAAUAAGUCAGCUGUGCGGCCAAACAACUGAAAUGUUUCAAAGUGGUGCUGGGAUCAAUGGGACUAAUUCAUCUACCAAUCAAUGUAACUGUAUAUAAAAUACAAAAGGCAGUGUUAGUUUGUAGAAGUCAGAGUCCUGUCAGCCAGUUAAAUAAAAAUAAAAAUAAUAAUAGUAUUAAUAGUGAUAUAAAUAUCACUUAACGGCUGAAGAGUGGCCUUCACUCCUGUCCAGAACUCUAAGCACAGAAAGCCUUUCUUCAGAAAUGAAACUCGGAAAAGUAAUUGAAAUUUAAAAAAUUGGUAAGAUUACAUGUACGGUGCUAAAUAUGCUGCUGUGCAACGUCAAGGAGUUUGGAAAUGUACCCUGGAUGGCUUAAAAGGGCCAAACUAAAUCAGAGGAGCCUGCACAGUUUGGUUCAAGGCAUUGAUAGAAGAACAGAUGCUUUACCAGCCAUAGCUAGAGUCAUAUCUGGUAGCCGUUUGCCAAGUCCUGAUGGCCGAUGGGUUUUACAAUGAGAGACGCAACAAAGUUAUCAGAUGGAAAAUACAUUUUAAAAAUGUAGAACAUUCCAGUAUGAGAUGGGAGGUUUGCUUUGCUGACAUCCAGAGAGUGUACUGCGUGCUGACUUCAUUUUUACCAGUGGAUUAUAAUAAGAGUUUGGUGCUGUGCUUUGUCUGUGUGUGAAAAUGAAUUAAAAUACACAAUCUGUU